CAAAGGUUAGAUUUUAAUCGGAGAAAGCUGUCUUCUUGACUCCUCACGUCAUUUAACGCGCACAGAUUCCCGAUUUUACCAUUUUGCUCGGAGCUCGCAUUAUAUCAGCAGUUCAUCUGAGAGCUUUUUUUUUAACCGGCUGGCAACCUUCUCAAACAUAUCAGUGUUACCUGACAAGCAGAAUGAGUCCACCUUGGCCCAAAGGAAAGAAACUCGUUCAUUUAGAUCUGAAAGGCGCCCCACCACGAGUUGAAUACCUUCACAGGCUGAUCGAGCUCUUCUCUCAGCUGGGUGUGGACGGCCUGCUGGUGGAGUAUGAGGACAUGUUCCCUUAUGAGGGAGAGCUGCAUCUCCUGCAGGCCACAGCACAGCCCUCUUACAGCCAAGCGGAGGUGCUAUCCAUUCAGGAAGCUGCCAAAGCAAGGGGCAUGGAGGUGAUCCCACUCGUGCAGACUUAUGGCCAUAUGGAGUUUGUGUUGAAGCACCGGCCUCUGUGGCACCUCAGAGAGGUCCCGAACUGCGUUGGCACCCUUAAUCCCCACAAAGAAGAAGGGGUCAAGCUGGUGAUGGAAAUGCUGAGGCAGGUGGUUGAGCUGCAUCCAGAUCUAAGCACAAUCCACAUAGGGGCAGAUGAGGUUUACACUCUUGGAGAAGGGGAGGACUCAAAGCUUUGGCUCGCUUCAACUGGCUGUACAGUUGAACAGCUUUUCCUCAGUCAUGUGACCAAGGUCGUCAAGGCUAUUAAAGAGAUGUGGCCUGACAUGAAUAUCAUAAUGUGGGAUGAUAUGAUGAGAGGGAUGAGCCAGGACACACUGAAAGCAAGCGGUUUAGUGGGGCUUGUGCAGCCCAUGUUGUGGGACUACACCCCAGACCUGGAUGUGGAUAAAACUGUGUCUUUGCUGGAGAAGUACUGCAGUGCUGGUAUGUCCGAUCUGUGGGCAGCCAGCUCCUUUAAAGGUUCCACUUUCGUUCACACCUGCGUGACCUGCACACAAAGACACGUGGAUAAUCACCUUCAGUGGCUGAAGGUGGCUGCUUCUCUGUCUGCUGCUAUAAACAUGAAGGGCAUGGCCAUCACAGGCUGGCAGAGGUAUGACCACCUAUCAGUACUGUGUGAGCUACUGCCUGUAGCUCUCCCCUCCCUAGCAUCCUGCCUACAAACUCUCAUCCAUGGGGAAUUCAGCACUGAGGCUCACAGAAAGGUAACAGAGAUGCUGGGAGUAUCUUCAGUGGAGGUGGAAGCCAUGGAGAGAGCUUCUGCUGGCGAGUCACUGUUCCCAGGAAGGAGGCUGGCAGAAUUAAUCGUGGAGAUAAAUUCACUGCUCAACUCGGAAGAUUUAAGAUUUUUUGAAAGCAACAUGUUUGUCAGAGGGUGGUUCAGUCCCUACCACAGACAGAGGAAGAUGGUAAACCCAUUAAACUCCAUGCAUAUUCACAACCAAGCUUCAAUGUAUCUGGACACACUGCAAAAGGUGGUAGAGGCCGUGAGAAAAGAGAUGGUAAAUCUUUAUUCCGAUUCUACGGCUGAGGAGUGGAUCGAGGAACAUGUGACCCCUGUCAUGGUUCCACUACAGCGUAUUACAGAAGCUAUCGAGGCCUGUGUAAAGGAAAUGGUGCCAUGAAAGAUUCAAGCUUUAUAUUCGUUUCAGCUUUGAUAUUGGGCGAUCUGUAACUACUUCUUCAGCGCAUGAUUAACAUUUCUUUUUUUUUUUUAUGUGAUUCUGCAUCUCUGUGUAAGUUCAUGUGACUGGAGGUAAGUGUAUCAAAGAAAAGAGGAACUUCGUACUUUUGUUAACCAAAAGGAUUAUAUGAAUGUCGAGCAAAUGUAAAUGUACACAAAUACAAUGAAAUAAAAACCAUCCAAAACUUA